GUAGGGGCACCGACACGCUGUCUCUGCGCUCGCGCCCAUGUGAGGACUGGAAUGAAGCCCCGGCGGGACUCGGGGUGAUCGCGGCGCUCCUCAGGAGGGACAGGAACAGGCCGCGGGUGCGGCGCCGGUGCGCGGGGACAUCAUGACACUUUCAGAGACCGAGUGACCGCAGGGAGGAACCCGAACCGAGCCGAGCCGAGCCGCGCCGCGGGACAAUGAUGCCGUUUUUCCCGCUGAGGAAAAUCAGGCGAAACGGAACAUACCUGCUGUUCGGGGCGGUGCUGGUGGUCAUGGGGGUCGCGGGGUAUCUGGAAUACGUGGCCACGAACCUGUGGCAUCAUGUCGGUGGCAGUCAGCAGAACGACCAAACAGCCUGUGGAAAGCAUCUAAACAGAGACAGCUUUUCUAACGAGGACAUUGUCUGGUCCUCCAAAUACGUCCCUCAACCCUGGAGCCCAGAGUAUAAAGGACAAGCGAAUCUUCAUGUCUUUGAGGACUGGUGUGGAACCUCCAUUACAAGCCUCAGGAAGAACCCACACUAUCCCCUGUACCCUCACUCUCGUAUCACAGUGAAGAAACUCGCCGUGGCUCCAAACUGGAACAGUUACGGCCUCAGGAUCUUUGGCUACAUCCACCCGUCCACCAGCGGUGAGUUUCUUUUCGCAGUGGCGUCCAGUGAUAACUGUGAGUUCUGGCUCAGUCAGGACGAGAACCCGGAGAACCUGCGACUUCGGGCUUAUGUUGGAAAGACUGGUGAGGAAUGGACCGCUCCGGGAGAAUACAGCAAAUACACCAGUCAAAUAUCCAAACCAGUCAUACUUCAGCAGCAGAAAAGGUUUUACUUUGAGCUGCUCCACAAACACAACAAUCACGGCACCGACCAUGUGGAGGUCGCGUGGAGACUCAAUAAGGCUGGAACACUGUUUGAACUUAUUGAUUCCAACUCGCUGUCUCUUUACACUGCUGAGUCCUCCCUGAAGAUGAGUGAUGUCAGUCACAUUCCUCAGACGGCUGCUAGUCACGUAGCCCCGCCUCUGGAAAAAGGCCGAGCUCCACACCACAGGGCAGAGAUGCUGAAAGAAGAUCCUCGUGACACCUUUUUUAAAACACCUUUAUUGGACAGGUCCCGAUUUCAGAGUUUGUUACCAGAAUGUUCCUAUAGACCCAGUUACACAGUUAAAGGCAAGCUGGUCACCCGAUAUCAGGGCUUACAGUUUGUCCACUUGUCUUACGUUUACCCCAAUGACUACACACGGCUCACACACAUGGAGAACAGCAACAUGUGUUUCUACCAGAUAAGACCUUACUAUUUUGAGAUGUACGGCUUUUCACAUUACCUGAGACUGGACCAGCCAGAGGAAAAUGACGUGGUGUACAGAGACGGCGGUGAUCCCAGAGCAGGAUGGAAUGACUUCAGAGUGAUGGAGCGAGCAGGAUGGGAUAAAGAAAUACGAGACAAGGAAGAAAUUGACAACAUUGAUGAGUACAAUCUGCACCAACAGAGGAAACUCUUAUCUAACUCGCUGAAGAAGAAAAGCUCGAGGAGGAGAAGAAGGACAAAUAAGCAAGAUAUGAACAGAAGAGAGCUGGUGCAGCAGGAGAACCUGGCACGAGAUAAUGACUUGGUACCAGAGAACAAGAACCGAGAUAAACUGCAAAAACGAAACAAAAUGGCUGACAAGAACCAGCAGAUUGGAUGGAAGGAUGAAAUUCCUGUUCAGAAAGAAGAUAAAGAACCUGUUGGUCAGGUGAAUUCUACGAAGCUAGAAGAUAAAGCUCCAGUCCAGGAUCAGAGGUCACGAGCAGAACUGCAUGUUAUUAACAGACUGAACAAUGACACGGGAAAUAUUUUUCUUUCCACAUCAAAGCACAAGAACCCUCAUCCUCGUGAAGAACGUUUCAUCAGUCAGAAACGUCCUCAUGACAUCGUUCAUGACAAGAUCCACCAGGACAAAUCCGUCAACACUGAUAAAGGCGGAGACUUUGUAAAUAGGGGUGGAGCCAUGACACAUAAAAACCUGACUGACGCCGGCGCACAGCUGUGGGUGAUGUACGGAGACUCGGAGACAGAGGCCGAGGUCACCAGCAUGUCUGCGUACGACCCUGAGAUCAGAUGGAAUCGGACGUUUCAGGUCGGUCAGAUAGACUUUCAGAUGCUGAGGGAUGAUUGGAUAGACCUGAACUGUAACGUGAGUGGAAAUCUGCUGAUCAGCCAAUCAGAAGCCACGGCUGUGGUGCAGGCUUUUAUGGAGGAACUCGAGCUGAAGUAUCCCAGUCAGUUCUCUUUGCAGCGUAUAAUCAAUGUCGAGAAGCGAAUGGAUCCGGGUCGGGGGAAUCGAUAUCUCCUCGAGUUGGACCUGAUGGAGUCUUCAGGACAUCGAGUUCGUCUCGUUCACUACAUUUACGUGCUGAAGUGGAGGAACGUCCAGCAGCCGAGUGUGAACAGUGAGCUGCUGCUGUGUAACCCACGCAACUUCCUGUGGAACCCUGACGCUACUAUACACAUCAUCCUACCAGUGAAGAACCAGGCUCGUUGGGUGCAGAAGUUCAUCACGGACAUGGAGGAGCUUCACCGCGUCACAGGAGAUGACAACGUUAACAUCAUCAUCACCGAUUACUCCAGCACUGAUAUGGAUAUAGAACAGGCUCUGAAGAACUCUCACCUCCCCAGGGCUCAGUACGUCAGACUGACGGGAGACUUUGAGAGAUCAGCGGGUCUUCAGGCUGGAAUCGACCUAGUCACCGAUGAUCACAGCAUCGUGUUCCUGUGUGACCUGCACCUCCACUUCCCGCUGGGGUUAUUCGACUCGGUGAGGAAACACUGUGUUGAAGGAUACAUGGCGUUCGCUCCUUUAGUGAUGAGGCUUAACUGUGGAGCGACGCCUCAGGAACCUGAUGGUUACUGGGAGGUGAACGGUUUUGGUUUGCUGGCUAUUUAUAAAUCUGACCUGGGCACUGUAGGAGGUAUGAACACCAGAGAAUUCACGAACCGCUGGGGAGGAGAGGACUGGGAGCUCCUGGACAGGAUCGUGGAGGCGGGGUUAGAGGUGGAGCGUCUGCACUUGAGGAAUUUCUUCCACUAUCACCACUCCAGACGUGGCAUGUGGAACCGCAAAACAGGACGGAACACGUAGAUCUGGCAAUCCUACUUCCUCUAAAACUGACACUCCCUGUGGGGUUUUAACCCACCUUCACCUUCAGCGGGUGUGUCGCAACUGUGGGUGGAGCUAUGGGACAAUGCUGAGGUUUGACUGGUUGAUCUUCAGUGGUCAUCACUCACAGGAUUUACAACCCCACAUCAGUGAUUUCUAAAUGCACUUUUAGAGUUACACCCAUGGGGGCGGAGUUUGCCUAUAAUGGAGGCGUGUCUCAGUUACGCCUGAUUCUGAUCUUAAACUCAAGCAUAAUGUUCUUGCGUGAUCUCUCGUGGCUCGAGUGCGGAGCAGGGUGCAGGGUUAAACCCAGGAGUUUGAUGUCGCCACAAAACGUCACGCUGAAAUGUAUAUUUUGGCUGUAAAUCCACUCAGCGAUCUUAAAGACAGACAUCACAGUAUCAUCCCUUUAGAGUCCUGAGGACAUCAGAGGAGAUCUUACCUUCAUCAGACACAUGGACGAGUGUUUGGUGUUUUAUCGUUGGUUGUGUGUUAAACUGUAAAUGAAAGCAUUAUUACUAUACAGGGAAAAGUUUACUCAGGAAAAUUAAACCAAAACCAUAUCAGCUUUAAAGUGCCUUUAAUUUUUAAUUCUAAACAGGGAAAAGAAAUGCAACAGGAACAUUUGGAUAUUGGAUAAACCGCUGAUCUGAAGUUAUUACCCAGGAUGCAGUGUUUUUAUGCCAAUUAUGCAAAUUUAAAUGCAAUCUUUUUAUAUCUACGGGAAAAGUGUGAUGUGGCGAAUGUGCUGUAAUUUACGGAAGCCGAGGAUGGACGCACUUACAAUAUUCUUUUUCUUCUGUUUUUUUUAUGACGUGAUCACAAGUUAAUUAUUAAUGAGCCAUUUUAUUUUUCUUUAUUAAUUAUUUAUUCAUUUUGUUUAAUGUAAUUAUGGCACUCCUGAUCUCAUGAACAUAAAUAGACCGAAUAAAAGGAAACGACCUUUUGUUUUCUGGUGAUAAUGAAAUAAAUAAUUAAUAAUAUAAUUAACUCCUGAUCUUGAGAAACCGCGUUGUCCUUCUCAGCUUCCAUAAUAAUCGAUGUUUGUUUAUGUGUGGAAUAUUUUUGACUCUGGGAUUUGGAAUUAAAUUUUGAACGUGUAUAUAAAGUUGUGAAAUUUGAUUCAGCCAAUUGAGUUACUCUGCUGUGUGAUAUUUGAAUUUGCACUUAAAACAUAUUUUUAAAUAAAUAAAAUCCAUUUUAAAAUUAUUAAAUAAUUUGGAAGCACAAUACAUUUCAAAUACAAGCAAAUAAAUUCAUAUUAAAAAUCAUAUUCAACAAUGUGAACACUUGUAUUUCUAUAUUUCACUACAUUUUAAUGUAAAUUUGAUUUGAACCUUGAAAAAGGACAAGCAAGAAAAAAACACUUUAGGUUUGAGGGAUUUUGCUGCUCUCGUCUCAUAAAUGACUUUUUUAUUUUAAUUUUAUGGUAAAUGUUUGUAUGUAUAUAUUUGUAUAUACCGUACUGUAUGUAUGGAGGUCUCUUGUAAUUUUUUAUUUAAAUAAAGGCAAUAUCUGGUUAAAUAAAACCAUAA